AUGGAGAGGAGUAAUUCCCGGAGGAGGGUGUCACAGUCCGCUCCAAAGGGAGAAAAUGAAUGGAGCAAGGUGCCCCGAUGCGUGCGCGAGGCUCUGGCCUCGGCCAUUGUUGGCGCUCUACCGGGUGAAUCACGACGUCGUUUGACUCCAAAUAGGAAUCCCUCAAGGGCGAAAAGCACGUGCGCGAACAAAAUCGUAGUACCGCAGCUGACAGAAGAGUUUCUUCAUCGGAGUGUUCAGACUUUUGAGGAUGCGGCGGUCUUGCGUGCUGAGGCUGUGCGAAGUUACGCGCAAUUCCACAACACUGUGGAGAUGCUUCGGGAAGUGAUGCGCAACCAGCUAGGCGCACUGUGGUAUACGGCGCUUCAGUUGGAUCCUGAGUUUGUGAUUGACCUGCAGCAACAAAACGGACUAAGUGGGAGUGACCUGAUUCCCAACGACGUGGUUAUUGAGGGCGAGUCGCUUAAGCGGCUAGAAGGACUGGAGACGUUGCUACAGGAAAUGAACAACAACAUGGAGGUGUUACGUUCGAGCUCGGUACGUUUUGCCGCGUGUGUUCUAUCAGAUGAAGAGAAGUUGUCGAUGGGGCUAGACCCACUGAGACUACCACGGGAAGACGUCUUGCGGUACGCCGUUGCGCCUAGCACCAGGCGCAAUUCAAGUAGUCGUGGACGGCAAAGCAAUAAAGACGACUCAAGCAACCAUGGGCGUCGUAGCGCCUCGGCGCGGAGGCCAACUCUCAGGCCGGACGAAACAGAGGCGCGAUUGAAGCGUUUUAGAGCAUAUGCUGCUCGACGGUAG